CAUGCUGCACAUCGGCGGCCAGAGCGAGGGGCGCGGGGAGGAAAAGGCUGUUUACACAGACUGCAAACCGCCCGGGGAAUAGUGCGGGAGAGGAAGUGAGCCGGGCCGCUGUCUGCCUGCCCCGGCUUCCUGCUCGCUGCCUCUCACGGGCAGCGCUCUCACAUACACACACACACACACACACACACCGGCCCGAGGGGGGGAAAAAAGGAAAAAGGGAAAACAAAAUCAGGAUCUCAUUACUAGAGCAACAGAGAGCCUGCAGAAGACUGUCAGCAUGGAGAAACAGGGAAUUUUACUCAGCUCCCUCUAGACUACCAGGAGAGAGCGGAAAAGUCCCUCAGCCGCUGGGUAUGGAGAGUGCAAUCACACUGUGGCAGUUCCUUUUGCAGUUGCUGCUAGACCAGAAACACGAGCACCUCAUUUGCUGGACAUCUAAUGAUGGCGAAUUCAAGCUUCUCAAGGCAGAAGAAGUGGCUAAGCUGUGGGGACUCAGAAAAAACAAAACUAAUAUGAAUUAUGACAAGCUGAGCCGGGCGCUCAGAUACUAUUAUGACAAGAACAUCAUCAAGAAAGUGAUCGGACAAAAGUUUGUAUACAAGUUUGUCUCCUUUCCUGAGAUUUUAAAAAUGGAUCCCCAUGCUGUGGAAAUCAGCAGAGAGAGCCUUUUGCUGCAGGACAGCGACUGUAAGAUGCCUCUGGAGAGCAGGGAUCAGCACAAGCACAGCUUGUCAGCACUGAAAAGCACAAGCCGUAACGAAUAUAUCCACUCCGGCCUCUACUCCUCUUUCACUAUCAACUCUCUGCAGAACCAGCCAGACCCUUACAAGACCAUCAAAACAGAAAAACUGGAGAAGUCAGAAGGAAACACACCAGUGGAAGAAGUCCGAACUGUUAUCAGAUUUGUGACAAACAAAACAGACAAACAAGUUACGAGGCCCGUGGUGUCGUUGCCUUCUACUUCUGAAACAGCAGCUGCCUCUGCUUUCCUCAACUCUUCAGCUAAAAUAUCUUCCUUAAUGCUACCCAACAGUGCCAGCAUUUCAUCUCCAUCAUCAUCCUCCUCCAGGUCACCAUCUCUGUCUCCCACCUCACCCCUCCCUACAGAACACAAGAGCUUCUUCCUUGACUCCAGUUGCCACGACUCAGAUUCCCUUGAGCCUCUGAACCUCUCCUCAGGCUCCAAGGCCAAAUCCCCAUCUCUUCCCCCAAAGGCUAAAAAACCCAAAGGCUUGGAAAUCUCUGCCCCACCUAUGAUUCUCUCCAGCACUGACAUCGGUUCCAUCGCCCUCAACAGCCCCGCGCUUCCUUCGGGAUCCCUGACUCCAGCUUUCUUCACUGCACAGACCCCCAAUGGAUUAUUGCUGACCCCCAGCCCGCUGCUGUCCAGCAUUCACUUCUGGAGCAGCCUCAGUCCUGUUGCUCCUCUGAGUCCUGCCAGGCUGCAGGGACCAAACACUCUGUUCCAGUUUCCAACUCUGCUAAAUGGUCACAUACCAGUGCCACUCCCCAGUCUGGACAGAGCCUCUUCACCAAUACUGCUUUCUCCAAAUGCUCAGAAAUCCUGAUGAUGCCUCAUCACACCAAGGAUGUAUUGGUGGAUUUAACACUUCAUUCCUAUGGGCUAGUUUUUCCUGUGUCAUGAGAAGGACAUUAUGAAACCCUUUAUUACUUUGGUUUGCACUUUUCAUUACAUGGAUAAUCUACUUUUAUUAUGUUAGCAUUUUUCAACAGUGUUUAUAUAUAAAAGUAUAUAUAAAUCUGUUAUGCAUUAAAUGAAUUAUAAUUUUUUUAUAUCAUAGCUCUCAAGUGUUGAACACUUCUGUUGUUGAUGAAGUACUUUUCUUAAUGGAUUGCAACAAUGUAUCUAUUAGGGAUGUGAAGCUUCUUUUUAAUCCCUUUUACUGCAUAUUAUGCAUUGCGCUUGUGUAAACUAUAACCGGCUGUGCCUUCUUUUGCAUAAAGUCAUGUAAAUGAUUUAUAUAUUUUCUAGUAUUAAGAUAAAAAGUUGAAAGAAAAAAAAUUAGUAUUGAACAGCCCUAUUAGUAUUUCAGUAUUUUCUCCACAGAUAGGCCAUAUGAUGCAGUGUAUUAAUGUAACUUUGUAUUAAGUGCUUUCAAAUUGUAUAAAAAUAGCCUUAUAAUUUUCCUUUGCUGAAGUGGAAAACAUAAUCCUUGUUACAGCCAGGAGAUGUAGUUCAGAGUAACAAAGCCACAUUUACACAUUUAUGCCCAAGUUCUUCUGUCAAGUUGCAACAAGGAGGAGCUGGGCUGUGUAUGUUCAUGAGACGUUUCCAGCAUUUAAGCUCAGAAUUUAUUUGGCCUAUACUUCUUAUGAACUGUCAACAUUAUGUCUGGAAAGAGUGCAGGUAAUCUUUGUCCUCCCAAGGAAUGAGGAUCAUUCCCGAUAACUUCCAGGUGCUUUGUUCAGCUGUGCCAAGUGCCUUCUACAACUUCCCUGGAAAGACUAUUGUAGCUACUCAAGCUCUGAAGGUCACAUUUCCCCUUCCCCCAAAGCUGGAGAAGCUGCAGGUCUGUAAAUUGAUGCCUGGUGCUUGCAAAGAGGCAGAGACUCUACAUGUGGGAUGUUUAUGUAUAAACAGCUGAAUUCUGGAUGAAAAAACACCACUGUGUUACUAUAUACUUGCAACUUGAAUUUACUGGGUAUGUCUUCUACCUUGAGGGGAUGGUUUAGUCAUCUAAAUGUCAGGUUAGGAUUAGGCCAGACUCCCUGGCACCACAGACUCUAAUCCUGGCAGGGCUGCUGCAAAUUUUCAGUUUCCUGAUGUGGCUAAAUUGGCUUGAAUGCAGCUUUAGUGUGUCAGUUUUUCAGAUGAGACCUUAAAAGCCAACCCCAAAUCCAAUCCCUGUUUGUGACAGGUCAUUCAAACCUCAACUUUGCUUUCUGGCCGAGCAGCUGGCCAGGGUCUGUUCUUCUUGAACUGUAUGCAGUGAGUUGUCUGCUGAUUUUCUGCUUGGAUGCAUUUCAGUGAUGAUGUGUGUAGUUAUUUGUAAAGUGCUUUUGGAUCCUUCAACCUGAAAGGUGCUAAAUAAACAUUUUAUUAAUGCA